CAAUGAACCGUCAGACGGUGAGGGACGCGCAUGUUGGCCCGGAGGCACUGGCACGGUUUUAGCACAUUAUUAUUCUCAUUUCUAUCUUUCUUUGAUAAACUUAAGUGUUUUCUUCAAACUGCCCAGACGCUGUAUGGCUGUAACAAAGCCCGGCUGGAAACGGUGUGUUCGUCGAGUUUGAUGAAAACGAGGUCAGGCUCAGACUACUAGCCCCUCCUGGAGGAUCUCUUUUUCGGUCGUUUUUUCUCCAGAUAAAGCCCCCCCCCCCCGAACAAGCCAGAUAACAAUGUCGUUGACUGCUUCGUCUGAUUACUUCGCCGCCGAGUGUCUGGUGUCCAUAUCCAGCGGCCCCGUCCUGCACAGACCCACCCCGGUCGCCCCCGCCAGUCAAGCGGCCACGGUGGGCCUGCUCCCCGGGGAGCCGGAGGUGUCGUGCGAGGACAGGGAGGUCCGGGAGGCGCUGAGGCUGGAGGGGGCCAACAUGAUGGCGGUGGCCGGGAUCCUCACCGACCUGCACGGCAAGUUCCGCCCCAUGUCGGCCUACUCGGAGAGCAGCAACUCCUCGUGUGGUGGGGAGAGCGGCUACACCACGUUGUCCGACCCCACCACCCCUACCAUGACCCCCUCAGCCACCCCGGUGCCCGGGCAGCAGCAGCUGAGGGGGUGGGGAGGAGGAGGAGGAGGAGGAGGUGGUGUGGGGGCCCCGCGGUCCCCGGUGAAGCGACAUCAGUGCACUUUUGACGGAUGCGACAGAGUUUACGGGAAAUCGUCCCACCUGAAGGCACACAUCCGGACACACACAGGUGAGAGGCCUUUCCCGUGCACCUGGCCCGACUGUGAGAAGAAGUUUGCCCGCUCCGACGAGCUCGCCCGCCACACCCGUACCCACACAGGGGAAAAACGCUUUCUGUGCCCACUGUGCGAUAAGCGCUUCAUGCGCAGCGACCACCUGAUCAAGCACGCCCGUCGCCACCCUGACUUCCAGCCCUCCAUGUUGGGCCGCAACAAGGGCGCGUCCUCCUCCCCCAGCCCAGUCAUGCACCAUUAGAAUGGUUUGGGUCGGGGGUUUCCUAGAAGGAGCACAGAAGGUCUCAGAGGUUUCAAGUUAACCAGCUACAAUCAGAUCCACUGAUUAGGAUUUAGCAUUGCUGUGUUGUACUAAAAAAUGUGCACAUAACAUACAACAUAAACAACACACACACAGAGCUGGAUGUGAGGUUGAAGCAGCUUCAUCCCUCCAUCAACAAAGAUGAGUCAUGUGACCACUAUCCAUCUGCUCAACAUAACUAGGGUUGGGUAUUUAGAAUGCUCCAAAUCUAUAAGAGGUGGGGUUUCGUUAAGAAAUGUGCUUUUCGAUUCCACUUAUCGUUUCCUGAAAACUAAGUUUGGACCUAUGCACUUCAUUUACAUCGGCGGUUACACGUGUAUCAAAGUACGUGUAUAAUGUUUACAAUCUGUCGGGCUGAAGCUAGCUUUCAAAAGUGCGACUACUCUUCAGGCAAGACAGUAACGAUGCACUGAAAUGUUAUCAGUGCGUGAAAAUAAAUACAUGCAAGGGUAAAAAUUCUGCCCAGUAUGACAACACAUUUACUACAGAGUGGUUUAAGAAUGCAACAUUUUAGAUGUCCUGUAUCAUGACAGUUAAAUUAAAUUAAACAUUUUUAUAGAUAACAUAACCAGAUGAGAAUGUCUGUUUUUUGGUUAAUCCACUCAAUUAAAUACAGGGCAAAUCAAGGUACUUCAUCACAUUGAUGCAAAACUUCUGUAAAACUACUUAUACCAUAAAGCAGUCAUGCUCAUUGGUUGCCUCAAAUUGCCUAAUAGGACAAUAAUAUUGGGCUUUAAUGCCUCAGAGAGCGAAAUCAAAUGUAAAACCAUUCGACUUGGCUCAACAAAGAUUAUUUAUAUAUAUUUUCAGUUUUUAACCAAAAAACGAUUUACUAAUUACUGUCAUUUUUUACAUGUAUAUGGCAGCCUAAACCUUAUGAAAAUAAAUGUGUUUUAUUACUUUCAA